AUGAACCCAUCAGACGAUGCACCAAGCUCCCCGAGACCAGCAUCUCAGUUUUCUAGCCAGACAGAGCCAGAGCCUGGAUUCCUCCGCAUAUCCCUUCCACCCGUUUCUCAUUUCCUUUUCGAAGAUAUUUCUGAUAGCCAAACUACAACUACUCCUAUUGGAAGCCUGGCAGAAGCUCUGAACUCAACACUGCCCAUAUAUCUUCCACAGCUCCGAGGGCCUUUGAGAGACCCAGAACAAGCGCGUCUGCUGACUGUCUACACGGAGCACUUAAGCGGAUGGUUGGCAUUGAACGAUCCGAGACACCACUUCUCAGCCUCCGUACCUCAGUUGGCCAUGAAAUGCCCCAUGCUCCUUGACGCAAUCUUUGCAUUCUCGGCGCGAUAUUUGAGCCGCUCCGACCAAAAUAUCAGCGCUCUCAUGGCAGAUGAAUAUCAUUAUAGUUGCGUUUGUCGGCUUAUUGCCGCAUUGAAAGAUAUUGCAUGUGCGUCCGAGAGUGCAUUGGCGCUGUCGACGGUCAUUCUACGAAUGCAUGAGAUGCUUAGCGAUCGCAAUGCUGAGGUCGACCUGCAGCGUCAUUUGAGAGGCUCCCUAUCUCUGUUCAGCCAUAAUGCAAAUAAAUUUGGCCCAGGAAGCCUCAAGCACACUGCCUUCUGGACAUAUGUCCGCCAGGAGAUCCUAACCGCUCUUCGCGGCUGUUCCCCAACCAACAUUGAUACGUCGGAUAAGACAUAUUACGUCGUUUUUGACGGAGAUACGGACGAUGAUUGGACGAAUAACAUCAUUUGGCUCACCGCACGAGUAAUCAACCACUACUUUGAUUCAUCCGUGUCUACAACAGCGUCUGUCCAUCAAGAGAUGCUGGUCACUCUUGUCAAUAACUGGCAGGAGAGGCUCCCUGAUACCUUUAACCCGCUCUCCGCGGUUAUAGAUGAUCAUCCAUUCCCGGCGAUCACAUACACAUGCAUUUGGCACAAUGUGGCAAUGCAAUUCUUUCAUCUUUGCAAAGUCAUUUUUAUCACUUCUAAUCGAUCCGGUGAAGCGAACCCGGAGAGUGUGGAUACUGCAGACGCUGUCAAGCAUAUUAUUCAGAUCUGCGGAAUUGUUCGUGGACUGUUUUCGUAUAAAGAGUGUCGAUACCCCGGGGCUUUGGUGAAUGCUGCGGAAAUAUUGGCAUAUUGUGGCCGUACACUAAGAGGUAACAAAUCCCAGUCGUACCUAUUGGAUCUACUACAUCGCAUCGAAGCUGAGACGACAUGGGAUGUAACCGAAACAGUUGAGAAGCUCAAGGAGACAUGGAGUGGGGUUCCCAGGUGA